AUGAAGCUUUCAUCGUCCGUUCUUUUCCUCCCAAUUUUGGGUACGGCUGUCCUAGCAUUUCCAAAUCUAGGAGCAUUGCCAAAAUCUUUUGAGAGAGCACCCAAAGAGAGCUGGUACGAGGAUUUGAAAAGACAAGUUGAGAAUCACCCGAAAGUUAGAGAAAGAUUGUUGGUUGGUUCUUUGACCACUCCCAUCGACGUGACGGGAGACCAUGCAUUUGUGGCACCCGAUUUCGAUAAUGGUGACCAGCGAGGGCCAUGUCCAGGACUGAAUGCUCUCGCAAACCAUAAUUACAUUCCUCAUAAUGGCGUCACUUCAUUGAUAGAUACCAUUGUUGGUGUUAAUACCGUCUUCGGGAUGGGAAUCGAGCUCAUUACCCUCCUCGCCACGAUGGGUACUGUUGGUGUCGGUGACCCUCUCUCACUAAAUCCCGGGUUCUCAAUCGGAGGCUACACUCCCGAAGUCUCCAACCUACUCGACAAUGUCGGUGGUCUUCUAGGAACACCUCGCGGUCUCGAAGGCUCUCACAACUGGAUUGAAGCAGAUUCUUCAAAUACGCGCGAUGACCUAUACGUAACGGGAGACGCAUCAACAAUGAACAUGACAUUAUUCCUGCAAAUAGCCAAUGGAUCCGACUCCGAAAUCAUCACCAUGGAAGAUGUCGGCAAACGCGCUGCCGACCGUCUCGAAGUCAGCAUAGCUACCAAUCCCUACUUUUACUUCGGACCCUAUACCGGUCUGAUUGUUCGAAAUGCCGGCUAUGCAUUCUCAGGUCGUCUCUUGAGUAAUCACACUAUCGAACAUCCCGACGGAAUCAUGACUCAAGGAACAAUGCGCAGUAUGUAUGGGGUUUACUCCGAAGAUGGAACAUAUGUAUACAAGAAAGGCUGCGAGCAGAUCCCACCCAAUUGGUACCGCAUCCCCGUCGACUAUGGACUCGUAUCACUCAACGUGGAUCUUCUCACGUGGAUAGGGAAAAACCCAAUACUGGGGAGCAUUGGUGGUAAUACUGGCCAGGUGAAUACUUUCACUGGUGUCGAUCUCAGUAAUAUCACCGGUGGUGUUCUGAACGCCGAGACACUUUUGGAGGGUAACAAUCUGAUGUGUUUUGCCCUUGAAGUCGUCAAGACGUUUGCACCAAAUUCUCUUUCGCCUUUGUUUGCUACACUGGCUGUUCCUUUGCAGUUAUUGAACGAUGCCGUUAAUACAUCGAUUUUGGAUCUUACAGGGUGCCCGGACUUUGCGGAUUUGAGUAUGGGUGGAGUUUCAUUCUUUGAGGCACUCCAGGAUACAUAUCCCGGUGCAGCAAAAAGUGGUGUCGCGUUCUAG